AUGGCCUCUUCAAACGAAAUCCCCAACCUACGAACACUUCUCGGACAAGGCCGUGGCGGAUCAUCACGAGGCAGAGGACGUGGAAGAGGCGGUCUUGGUACUUGUAGCGAGAGACGGGCACAAGUUCUCGACAACGCCGUCAAGGCUACCGAUCAAGAUGCGGCGGGGAGCAGGAUGAGCUGUGUAGAGCUUGGUUAUCUUCACGACCCGUAUGCGAAGCUGUUUGCGACACAGCAGACGGCAAGGAAACUGCCGUUGCUCAACCGGGGCACUUAUGUUCGCACCUCGGCCAUCGACCUCUUAAUCGCCAAGUUCCUCACUACCCACCCGUCGUCGGCGAAGCAGAUCGUCUCCCUCGGUGCUGGCACUGACACGCGAUUCUUCCGCCUUCUCGACCUAUACCCUCAGACGCGCCUCGUAUACCAUGAGAUCGACUUUCCUACCAACACACAGGCCAAGAUAGCCGCCAUACAGAAGCAACCGCUACUGCAUCAGAAGCUAUUACACAUGCCAUCAACUUUGGCCUCGUACUAUUCCGAUACGUACAACCUUCAUGCGCUUGAUUUACGGUCUCUGGCAAGUUCGUCAGAAGAGACGCCCCUACCUCAAAUACCAAAUCUGGACCCGAGCAUACCUACAUUGGUUCUGUCCGAGAUGUGCCUGGUUUACCUGCAGCCUUCGACAGUAAAAUCGAUAGUGUCAUCAUUAUUGACGCAUUACCUACACCCUGCAACGCCCGCCUCUCUCAUACUCUACGAGCCUAUCCUACCCCAAGAUGCCUUUGGUCGGACCAUGAUCUCGAACCUCCAAAGCCGAAACAUCCACUUGCACACAUUGACGGCGUAUCCCGAGUUGGGCGACCAACGCGCACGCUUGCAGGGCUAUGGCUUGACAAACGGAGCCAAGGUCGCAGAUACUAACACUAUCUGGCGAAGAUGGAUUAGCGAUGAGGAGAAGGAGCGCAUCGCUGGUUUGGAAUUCCUGGACGAGCUGGAGGAACUGGAAAUGUUACUCCGGCAUUACUGCGUCGCAUGGGGCUGGAGAGACGGCGAAAGCGAUGUCUUUGCGAAGGCUUGGGCGGAUUCGCUGCCUCAGCUCGCUGCCACCAUGGCAGUGCGCAACACCACACAGCCGUCCUUCAACUUCCUCACUGGCGAGGAAGAGGAGCCGACACCUGCGCCUACCACCGCCAAACGAGAACCUCUCCGCGAAACGUUCCGAACCACAUUGCGAGCCUCGCAGAAUGCGCCGCACACGGUUGUGCCCUCGGACCCCAUCAAUGAGGAUCUCCGCGCCCAACUCAAUACCCUGCGAUACGAGCUCGAAACAGCGAAACAGGAGAAGGAAAUGAUGAAGUUGGAACAUGCGCAAGAACUCCGCGAUGCCCAAAACCGUGCCGACGCCGACUUUCGUAAAGCGCAGCAGGUCGAGGCAUCCAACACUCUUACCGCGAAGAAAUACGAUGCGCUGACCAAGGAAAUGGCUGAGGUACAAACACGAGCUGCCAACGAGCGACAGGCGCUGGAAAGGCGACUGCGCGAGUGUCAAGAAAGAGCGCAGUCGCUACAAGAAGAAUACGAUGAGGUCAAAGAGGAGUUGUCGACAUCGCAACGGCAGAAUGAGCACCAAUAUAACACGCUAAAAACGGAACACAAGGCGCUCAAGGAAAGUGUCGAGGAGGUGCAGGCAGAUCUACAAGCCAAGGUCAACGCUUUGCAAAUGGCACAGAAGAAGCUCGCGCAGAAGGAGGAGGAAGUCGGUCAGAUGGAGGCCGAGGUGUUGCGCCUCAAAGCAAUUACGGGAGAUGCCGAGACACUGGCAGUUAUCAAGAGGGAGCUUUCUGACCAGGUCGCACACAUUAAGAAGCUCGAGACCCUGACGAGGGAGCAGAAUACCGAGCUUAAGCAGUAUCGGAAACAACACAAGGCGAUUGAGGUAGUCGAGGAGGAGAAGAGGUCACUACAGGCGAAGCUGCGCACGAUGGAUGACUUGGAACGGCAACUGGGAGAGGCUGAGCUGAGAAAGCAGGUUCUAGAAGAAGAGCGCCAUUCGUGGACGUCGUACCUCGAGGCAGAAGCAGAGAUACACGGCGAAGUGCUCUUUGAAACACCUCAAGACCUUGCACGAGCUUUCAUCCAAGAGCGCAUAGAAAGGACUGAUCUCAUCAACAAACUUGGCGAGAUCAAGCCCGAGCUCAUCGUCAAAGAGGCCAACAUACAAGCACUCGAAGAGGAGAAGGCCAAAUUACAGGCCGGGAUUCAGCAGCUCAAGGCAGCUGGAAACACUGCCGCGUCGAAUGGUGCCGACGCAAAGGUACGAGCCAGGCUUGAACGACACAAGGCGUUAGCGACUAAAGAAGUCGACUUCCUACGUGCCCAAGUCAAAGCUUUCGACGACGAAGAGCGCGAGAUGCAGCCUGACACAUUUGACGCUGCAAAGACUGAACGAAUAAAGGAGCUAGAAGAUCUUGUCGACCAAUACCGUAAAGAGGUUGAUACUUUACAAAAAGAGUUCAACAGCCUAGAGAAGCCUGUUGCUGCCACAACAGGCCAAAAGCGCGCUCUUGAUACGGAUGAGAACGAAGAACGCGUAGGCGAGCUGCGCCGAAAGAACCGCCAGUUACAAGAUGACCUCAGCGCGCUGCAGAAGAAGAUGAAGCUUGUCGAGGCCGAAUACAAAGCUCAGCACUCACAGCUUAAGAAGCUAAAGGAGUCUUCUCGAACACGAGUCCUAGAGCUAAAAUCCAACCCUACCGCCGACGCGGAAGCCCUCAAACUAAGCACCGUACGCAACCUCCGCGAAGCCAACGCUCAGCUCCUCGACCAGCUCGACAACCAAAAGACACCACCAUCCACGGUCCCUCUAGCCACACUCGAUGCGGCUAGGGACGAGCUCGAAGAACUGAAAGCUCAACUCGCUUCUUCGUCUAAGAAGAUUGUACGUCUAAAGCAAAUUUGGACAGCGAAAUCCCUCGAGUUCAGAGAAGCUGUUGCAUCCAUUCUGGGCUGGAAGCUGGACUUUAUGCCUAACGGACGGGUCAAGGUCACCAGUAUGUUCAAGCCUGCCGAUGAGGAAGGGGAGAACAGCAUAGUAUUUGAUGGGGAGAACGGGACGAUGAAGGUCUCUGGUGGAGAGCAAAGUGAGUUUGCAGGCGAGAUACGCGAUCAGAUCGUGUAUUGGGUCGAGGGGAGGAAGGAGAUACCAUGUUUCCUUAGCGCGCUGACAUUGGAGUUUUGGGAGAGGGGGCCGGGUGGGCAGACGAUGCAUGGCUAG